AUGGAGCUGCUCCGGGUGCUGCUGGCUGCCGCUCUGCUCCCGCUCCUGCCCCUUGGCAGGGCAGCUGUACCACUGCCUACACUGACCCAGCCAUUGAGCAUGGUGGUGGCUGGACAGCGCCGGCAGCUGGUGGUGUGUGUGGUGAGAGACCUGGCUCCCAGUUCUGGCCAUGCUGUUUGGAUCUCUGGUGGGAAUGGUAGCAUCCUGCAGUCCUUUGCCUAUGGGGCCUCCCGGGAGGAUGGCGGCACCGUCUGCUCCGUCUCCCUCCUUUCCAGUGACCCCCAGCGUGAGAGGGAACUUGCCUGCCAUGUGGGGGCCAACAGGACCUCCCCAUCCCACAGCUCCAGCCCCAUCCGCAUCACGGGCAACGAGGAGGCAGCAGAGCUGUGUAGCACAGCUGUGUCAUCAGCCCCUGCCUUGGCAGUGCUGCUUAUGGCUGUCCGUGUGGUGUUGCUGAAAGUCUUGCUCUCUGAUGCUGUUCUCACUUCCCUUCUCCUCGCCCAGAGCUGAGGGCAUGGGCAACUGCCCACGCCUCAAGGGUAAGUCCUGGUUUGGUGUAGGGGUGUGGAAGUCACUGGAAAUGUUCUGGAGACUAGAGAGGGGACUCCCAAAGG